UUUCCCCCUCCUUCUGCAUAUUUCCGUUUGUUUCCCUUUACGUACUCGAGGCCCGAGUACAGCUAUAUUUGCAGUGGUGUGUUUCAUCACUGGGACUCCUUUAUACGUCAGUCUGUGCCAUUUUGAUCGAGAAAAAGAUCAAAUCACACAUCGACCGGUUGAAUAAAUGCCUAGAAACACGGCAACAAGGGACGCCUACACAAAGUUAUAAAGGUGAAGAGUACAGAUAUAAGCACAGCAGCAUAGAUUAAGUUUCAGACUCGCCAACGUUUGACUCGUUUGAAAAGUUUCUCGCUGCGGUUGUAACUUAUCUUCUGCCGCACGUCCACAACCAGGACACAUAAUUUAUUAUUCUCUUUUAAACGGCGCUGGGGACACGGACAAACGUGCACGAAAAAUAGACAGCUCAGACAAGAGCAACAACAAGAAUUUGUAAAAAUGGUGUUUCUUUCGCUGUUAGAGGUAAAUAACCAGUCAUCAAAGAAACACGCACGCAUAUGCAGGCACACACGCACGCACACACACACACACGCACACACGCACACACACACACACGCACACACACACACGCACGCACGCACGCACGCACGCACGCACGAACACACAGAUUAUCGGGACGGGCGGCUUACAUGCACGGACGCAGCAGUCUGUAGAAAUUGCCAGAGCACGGGCCUGUCUAGAGGAAAGGGGGAUGAUGGUGGCGGGGAAGAUCGAUCGUCGACAUGUUCCGGCAAUCACUCAACAACUGAUGUCAACAUUUGCUGCGCCAGGUCCGGGCGCCCUUUCCAGGAAGCAUGUCGUUAGAGAGGUUUUGCAGAUCGAUCCCAUAGGCCCUGGAUUCAUCAUCCACGCCCGUCACUUCGACGCGGGGUGUGGGGGCGUUGCGAGUGGGGAGGUGCAAUACCGCGGUCUGUAGGUGGAAGACUAAAUGAAUCGUGGCAUUAAUGGAGAUCAAGUAGCUUUGCUGUGAUCACAGGGUGCGUGUCUGCCGCUUAUUUGUCCGCAAGCAGAACAUCAUUAACAAUGCUGUAAUUGUUUGGCCCCGUCGUCCGCAUGCGACGUCGCGUGCGUUUCGGACAGGGAAUUUGCACCACGAGUUUACUGCCUUGUCCUGCUUUUUCCACUUGAUGGAGAAAUCUGAACUACUGUCACUGGUUUUGUCACCGCUGAGAAAGGUUGGCGCAAUUCUGAAUGACCUUUAAGUUUGAAAAAACUUCACGAUGAGGGAGUAACAGAGACACAAACGUGUAGGUGUGUGCUAACAGGUAGUACACGUCCUCUGGGUGUAUUGAGGGACUGAGACUUUUUGUUGUGUUUAAUCACCUUUCGUGCAGGCACAUGAAUAAUCAUAGAAUUGAAGCUAAAUAUGAAUUUCGAGCAGUGAAUAAAUGCAACCUUUUUCUAUAAUGUGUAUCUAGUUAGAUGGCGGAGACACAAAACCUCUUGCCUUCAACUUAAAAUGCUUUGGCAAAGACAAUGACUUAAAUGAUGGUUGUCACCGUCUUUGCCAUCCAGUAGAAACGUGUGCAAAUCUUUAAUCCAAAUCACGGAAACGAAAAUUUCCAAGUUUAUGAAAACGUAAAUUAUUUGGCGACGGGAGUCUGAACACGUAAGAGUUGAGAUUGGAGGUCUAAUCUCGAAAGACGUAUUAUUCUUUUUUUAAAAUCUGUAAGCCGAUAUUUUGCCCUCACUUGUUCUUAAAAUGUCAGUGACACAGUUUUACAGGCAUAAAAACAGUUUCUUGGUGUUAGGGAUCAAGAUCACCAUAAUAAUUUACUCUUGAGUGCACUAUACAAGCCUGGUGUUAUGUCUCCCUCCCUGUUGCCAGAAGUCGGCGGCAGCAGAUCAGAUGAUCCUGCUAAUGGCAGCGAGCCAGCGAAGCAUAUCGACGCCAAGUUUUUUUCCUCCCACAUCCCGGAGAAGGACUCCAUCCCCAACACCAGCGCCAGCGGCUACAGAAGCAAGUUUCGACAACUCAACCCUCAAGGUGAUGACGGGGACUCGCACCGUAGCCCGCGGGCGCUCGGACACGUGCGACACACUGACCCCACCUCUCACAAGGUUGUAUUCGCUGAAGACGCAGCAGAAGAAAGGUGGGACUGUGCAGACUCUGGAAAACUCAAAGCCAGUGAGACGGCAAGAAGUUCACGUGGACAGAACAUUUUCGCACCCAGCCGGGAAGAAACAAAAACGAUGUCGCACAUGGGCCACACACCUCCAUAUGAAGUCAGCCUCCAGGUUGACACAAAGCAUUCCAAGACGCAGAGGUCGUCGAGUGUACGCUCGAACCAGGCUCACUCCCCAGGGCAAGAGGUUGAAGAUAAUGACAGGAGUAACAGCGGUUCUGUCUCACAUCGAGAGCAUAGGUAUGACGGCAAGCCACUGGGGGACACAGAGCAAGCCUCUUAUAGCAACAGCCGUGAGUUGUACUUCAGGCACGACUUGUCAUCUCCAUUCAUAGAUGUCACGGGACGAUGUGAACAUGAUGUUGGCGGCGACAGGUCCGAGAAACAGAGUCAUCCGUUAGAUGGCAGGCAAGAAGAACGCAGACUAGAAGACUACUACGACCACAGAUUGGGUGUCUCCCAUCAACACAAACAGAAUUUCCUGAUAACCAAACAGAAAGAGUCUCAAAAAGAGGAAUUCUUGCCACAAAGAAAAGACGAGUUUCCUACGCACAAACAGGACGAGUGUUUCGAACACAGACCAGAAGACAUCAAGACGCAAGCACAGGAAGACUCCACAGCACCACCACAAGAGUGCUCUCUGGAACACACACAAGAUGAUUCUCAGGCGCAAAGGCAGGAAGUCCCCGAGAAGCGAGAAGAUUGUCGAGAAAAAAGGCAAGAAGACUUCCAAGAUCAAAGACAAGAAGAAUCCCCGGAUAGAAAACAGGAAUUAUCUUUGGUGCAAGGACUGGAAGACUCUCCGGAGCACAAAUGUGAAGGCUUUCUGACAUAUAGACAGGAAGAUGCCAUGAAGCACAGACAGGUAGACUCCAUGGAACACAGACAAGAAGACCCUCAUCCGCAAAGACAGGAAGUCUCCCAGAUGCAAGGACAGGAAGAUUCACAGGUGCAAAGAUUGGAAGAUUCUCCAGAGUACAGACAUGAACGUUCCCUGACACAUAAACAGGAAGAUGUCAUAGAACACAGACAAGAAGACCCUCAGACACAAAGACUGGAAGUCUUCCAUGUGGAAAGACAGGAAGACUGUAUAGAACAAAAACGAGAAGACUUCCAGGUGCAAAGAGAGAACAACUCCCUGGAGCACAGGCAUGACAGUUAUCUAACCAAUACACACGAGAACUCCCUAAAGUUCAGUCGAAUAGAAUCUAUGCAGCACCAGAAAGCACACUCUGAGGAGCAAAGACAGGGAGACCCUUUAGACCUCAGAAAAGAAGACCUUUGGACACAAAGGCAGGAAGAGUUCUCAGAACACUCGCAAGAAGACUCCCACACACGAAAAACAUACUCUCUAGAACAAAGGGAAAAAGACUCUCAGCCACAUAGAGAAGAAGAUUUUCAGGUGCAAAGAAAAGAAGACUUCCAACCACAAAGACUGGAAGACUUCCAGUCACAGGGACACGAAGACAUUUGGAUGCAAAGGCAAACAGACUCCCACCCACAAAGCCAAGAGGCUGCCCAGCCACAAAGACAAGGUUUCCAGCCACAGAGACUGGAAGACUUUCAGAUGCAGAGACCGGAAGAGUCUCAGUCACAAAGACAGGAAGAUUUUAAACAGCACGAAGAGAGCUGGAGGACUGCGGGCGAGAGCACGAUCACAAUCCAAGAAAAUGUACAGGGGGAGGAUUAUAAGUUCCAGUCUACCGAAAGAGAACAUAACGAGUUUGCCGAGGGCACUGCACCAGACCAGUGUAGAACAACACAGGUGGCACUUGACGAUGCCAGACUUACUUUUGCAAAGCCAUUAAACGUGGAUAUUGAGUCAGCAGUGCUUGAUCGCUUGGAGUGGGCCGGAAUAAAACGAGAAAUCUGGGAUAGUUCCCACAUGGAGUCUAUGGCGAACGGCAACAAAGGCUCUGCGAGUGUUUGUUCUCCAGGUGAGGAUAAUGGCGGGAACAUAAGAGGCGAUCAACCCUCAGUGGCUGUGGGAGUUUGGCGAGAUGAGGUGUCGCAGUCGCUCGCCGACGACAGCCACGACUUGGACUCAAACUCACGUGAGUUGGGCGACACAGACCGUGAGGGCAGUGCUUGUGUCGGGCUGAUGAACUCUGGAAUUGAUAAUGUUAUCAAGAAAAAUAUGGAGUCGGAGCAGUUUGUUAGCAUUAACUUGAAUGUUAGCAGAAACCAGUCAUUAAAAGCCAGCUGCUCUAACCAAUCAAGUUCUCCAGAUGGCCGAGAGUUACAGAGUGUUGAGAAGAUACUGCACAGUGACACGUUGUCAGACAGCAACGAGCAUCUGCAUGAUGUAUACGAUGCGACUUUCUGCGACAGAGCUGCAGCUUUGAAGACAGACGAAUGUAGCGCUGUAAUGGCGGAGACAGACAAACAAAGUGCUGCUAAAUCUGUUGCUGAGCAUGAGGAAGAAAAACCAAGUGAUGCAGAAGAUGGUAAAGACGAGUUGGAUGCCGAGCACAUGGAUGAAGACAUAUUUAAUGCUGCAGCGGCUGAAAUAGAAUCAAGCAGUGCUGAGGACAUUGAGGUCGACUCUGUUGGUCUGCUAGAUGAUGAGAGACAGCACUUUAGUAGUGCUGAGAUGGGAAAAGAUGAACGUAUCACUCUAGAGGUUGGAAAAAUCGGGCUCAGUGAUGCGGAAACUAAGAAAGUCAAAUCUGGUGCUGAAGCUGGGGAAGAAGGUGGACUUGCUUCUGAAGACGCUGGGAAUGGCAAGCUCUCCUCCCCUGGUGACACUAAGGAGUUUGAGAAAAACACAUGGAGUGACAAACGUUGUGCUGCAGAAGAUGAGGAAGGCAUACUGACGACUGCAGAAGCUGAGAAAGGUAAGCUUAGUUCUGCAGAAAAAGGCAAAACGAAUGCUACAGACGAUGACAGAGGCAAAUUAAAUGAGGCAGAGUUUGAAAUGGGCAAUUUUAGCGCAACAGACGUUGAGGAGGGUAAAGUUAGUGCUACAGAGAAUACAGAAGGGAAACUUGAGGAUAACGAAGGUAGAAUUAAUGUAGAAGACAUUGAGAAUGGCCAGUUUAUUGCCCCCAGUGGCAAUACAAAAUUUGAGAAAAACACACAGAGGGACAAACUUUGUGCCAUGGAAGAUCGCAGAGGCAUAGUGCAUUCCACAGAAGUUGAAAAUAUCAAACUUAGUGCUACAGAGCAUGAAGAACACAUACUCGGUACCUUAGAAGAUGAGAAUGACAUCCAUAGUGCUGUAGAAGAUGAGGAAGACAAAUUGAAUGUCCUACAAAAUGAGGCAGACAUAACUAAUGGUGCUACGGUUGGGAAAAGCGAUCAUAGUUCUGGCAAAGAUGAGAAAGGGAACAUAAGCGCUUCAGAACUGGAGAAAAGCAAAUCGAAUGGUUUAGUUGUUGAGAAAGGCAAAAAUGAUGCUGUAGAUGUUGAGGAAGGCAAAGAAAAUGAAGAAGGCCAACUAAGUGCUAUAGAAGUCGAAGAAAGUAUUUUUAGUCCUGCAGAAAAUCGCGGAAGCAAAGUGCGUGUUCCAAAAGACGAGGAAAACAAACAGAAUGAUGUGGAGGUUGAGAAAGGCACACUUAGUGCAGUGAAAGAGGAAGACAAACUAAAUUCUGUAGAAGAUGAGGAAAGCUUACUUAACAGUGCGGAGACCGAAAACGACAAACGUCUUGCUGGUUAUGACGAGGAAGAUAGAUGUAGAGCCUUAGAAAAUAUGGAAGGCAAACACAGGUCUGUGAAAGGUGAGGAAAGCAAACUGAACGGUGCAGAGGCUGAGAAAAGUAGCCUUGAUGAGGAUGUUGCCAGUGCCUCAGAGGGUUCCCUGCCAGUUUAUGUGGAAGUGAGGUCUUGUGAAGACAGCUUCCACAGCGACUACCUCAGCACAUCGCAGACCUCCGACCUCGACAUUUUAUCUCCACGCAGCGACAGAGACUCCGGCUUCGUCAGCUACCUUCAUCAGUCCCCCCACCUCGCAAUAGACGAAACUCUGUCAUUUGACUGGUAUCUUUUGAAUGGCAUAACACUGCCACCUGAAACUGCCAACGACAAUGUUAGGGGUGCUAGAACUGUAAGGACUUCUGUUUUGCGAGUCGUUAGUGUAGGAACCACGACCACGCCGCCAUCGAGUGAUGUUGACCACACGGACUCAAAAGAGUUUCACGCGGAAACAACUUCAGGACGUACGCCAGAGCUAUCAGAACUCAUUUCUUCUGCAGCUGUGGGUAAAAUUGAAACGGAUUUGAAAGAUGAAGCUAACUCUGAGGAUGCUUCGAUGACCAGAGAACGCACCUCUAUUCUUCCUGGGCCAGGCGCCACUGACAGAGACAGACGCGAGAUGCGAACCUUUGUGGAGGAAGCUACUCAAACAGCUCAACUUUCUUUUGAAGAUUUUGGGGCAGGUGCAGACACACUGACACCUACUGCUCAUUUCGAUGACAUCGAUAACAGCUUGCAGAGUCGGAAAGAGCAGCCUCCUAAUGAAGACGCUCACCACAAAUGGACGCUGGGACAAAUGUUGCUGCCGUUGUAUAAGGUCAUGGUGUAUAUGCUGACCAGACCUGAGCUGCCAUACACCUGACCUAGACUGAAGAUACAAUCCUAUGGUAUAAUAAUAAUGUAACAAACUAUUGUCCAAGCACCAGACCGAGAGUCUAAAGAAAGGAACACACCUAUUAUAUAAAAACACGGAAUAAACUUCAUUGUCCAUUCGGCAUAUGUAAUAUCCACAUAUUAUUAAGUUUUGUAGAUUGGUAAUAAUUUUUAUUGCGAUGAGACCUACAGUAAAUUUACUAUAACGAAAUAUUUAAAAAUAAAGAAAUAAGAGAGUUGUUCUUAAUAUUAUAAAUAAUAUAAUUUUAUACACGAGAAAGUAAUAGUUUGUUGGAUUUUUAUUUGUUGUACUGAUGUCAAGUUAUUUUAGUACUACAUCAAUGAUUUGUCUUUUUACCUUCUUAUCUUAAAAUGGAAAAGUAUCAACACAGUACAGUACCUUUACACUCACUUGCAAUUGUGAUAGCUACAGAAGUUUUGUUUAUAAAACAGUAUGUACUUACUCAAGUUAUUUAUAUCUGCGGGGUAUUUUCGUCGUGUGAUAAGUAUGCAGUUUGGGCAUAAACAGACUUGUUUUAUUUGUGAACUGAAAUUACAUUUCGUUGCAGAAUUUGCAUUUCAUUAAAGGAACUAUAACUUUCUGAGGAUGAACGAGCACUUAAUAUACUGAAAAAGACAAACAAAGACAUACUUGCAUAAUUUGUCUUUCUUUUUCACGCAUUAAAGUGAGCACAACUUUCUGAGUAUGAACUUUACAGACACUGAACAAAGACAGACAAAGACCUGUGAAAGUUCACUGUCUUAACUGCAUGUGGCUGACUGUGGUGGUGCUUUAAUCUUUAUUUCUCCUGUGCAACGCAUGCUCAGUAAUACAGUGUUGCUCUGUGGUUCCUAGAAACUGGCCCACCAUGAAGUACUUACGUUUAUUUAUUAGUUCUUUUGUGUUGAUCAAAUCUUCAAAUCUUUAGUGCAGAUACAUGUACCGAAGUAUGUUUUUUUUGUACAGUGUCUGAAUAUGUAUUGUGAUAACAUUGUGAUAAGAACUGUGUAGCAUUCAUUAUACAGUUGCAAUACAAGAUAUCGCAGUUGAAAUAAACAUGGAAGGAUUUAAUCUUUUCUAAACAAUAUUUUCUUUAUCUUUUUGAGCUUUCUUCACGUCGUUUUUUCUGUUGUUUCUAAACCAGUUUAAACGAUGUUUGUGAAAUGCUUUUGUAAGAAUAUUAAAAGUUGUCGGCUGAAGUUAACUUUUUUGUACUCAAGCUAUCGAACGAAGAUAAGACCGAUGAUUCUCGAUUCUGACCUUCCGACCUUGUAACCUAGUUUGGGUCAGAAAGGUUACUGUCACCGAGAUCUUGUUCUCGGAACUUGGUUCAUCUCUGUAUUAUUUUAUUUACACAUGUCUUUCGGCUUUAAUUAUCUCGAAUUAAAGCGUUUUUCUGAUCAGAAUAAAAUGUUAAUAUGUAAAAA